AACAGCCGUCAUUGAGUAGAAAUACUAUGCUGAUCCGGAGCGGACCCUCGCUCGGUCACCGGAUCAGGAGCAGCUGCUCGGCCACGCGGUUCUAUUUUCACCCUGAGGAUAAAGUGAUGUGCACGCUGCGUUCACACGUCAGGCUGCCAGGAUGAAGUCCACGAACAGCGAACCCACCGACGGCUUCGCUUCCGACCCAGACGAGUGGGACAGCGAGAGCGAUGGCUCGGACAGCAAGUCUACCGGUGCCUGCAGCCCACGCCGCGGAGAGGAGCCGGAACGGGCCACGCGGAGGAAAAGGCGGAGACGCGCUCUGCCGCGUCUGCCUGGUGCGAGUAAACAGAGGCAGGCGGCCAAUGCGCGUGAGCGCGACAGGACGCACAGCGUCAACACGGCCUUCAGCACCCUGCGCACGCUCAUCCCCACCGAGCCUGCCGACAGGAAGCUCUCCAAGGUGGAGACGCUGCGUCUGGCGUGCAGUUACAUCUCACACCUCGCUAACGUGUUGAUGCUGGGGGAGGAAAGCCGCGACGGGCAGCCGUGCCUUCGCCGCCAGGAUGUCGCGCACGGCCCCGUGCAGUGGAGCGCGCCGCCGCUGCGGGCAAUCUGUACCUUUUGUCUCAGCAACCAGAGGAAGCAGCAGCUGAGAGACGGUGGGAAGCGUUCAACUAAAGUGUAAAGCCUCGGACCCACAUGGAGCAGUCGCACAAGUUUACAUUUGUACAUAUCUAACUAUAUUUAUUAACUACAUUUAGAAAUGUUAGGGGGGGAAAAAGAAAAUCAACACUGGAAAGCACUUUGUGUUGCCAUCAUUUGUGCCUGUCAAGCAACCUGUGUUUUGGUUGAACUGCAACAUGAGCCUGUGUGUACGGUUGCACUAUUUUGGUCCGAGCAACCCCCGAAGCAGCUACGGCUGCAACGAGUACAAUCAAAUCCCCGCACUGCUGACUUUUGCACAAAACCUUACGCAUAUUUCAAACAUGUGUAACCCUCCUACAAAAUGUUGCACUACCUCAAACUUGUUUACCUCAACAUCAAAUGUGUAACAUUACUGUAUUGUGUGGCACAGCAACUAUUUUUCUGCUAAAUAAAUAUUUUUGUACCAUAAACAA